GUGUCCAAAAGUGUUUCCAAACUUGGAAAGGGCGGGGGGAGGCGGGUGGAUGGGGAGGGAGGAGGUAUGCAGACAGCGAGUCAGAGUUUCCCCUCGAAAGCCUCAAAAGUGUCCACGUCCUCAAAAAGAAUGGAACCAAUUUAAGAAGCCAGCCCCGUGGCCACGUCCCUCCCCCACUUCGCUCCCUCCUCUGCGCCCCCGCAGUCUCCUCCCAGUGUGGCUGCCCGGGCCCCCAGCCCCAGCCCUCUCAUUGGCGGAGGCGCUUUUGGAGGCACCCUCGGGCCAGGGAAACUUUUGCCAUAUAAAUAGGGCAGAUCCCGGCUUUAUUAUUUUAGCACCACGGCGGCAGGAGGUUUCGGCUAAGUUGGAGGUACUGGCCGCGACUGCAUGCCUGCUCCUGCCAGGUGAUACCUCCGUCGGUGACCCAGGGGCUCUGCGACACAAGGAGUCUGCAUGUCUAAGUGGUAGACAUGCUCAGCUUUGUGGAUACGCGGACUUUGUUGCUGCUUGCAGUAACUUCGUGCCUAGCAACAUGCCAAUCUUUACAAGAGGGAACUGCAAAAAAGGGCCCAACUGGAGAUAGAGGACCACGUGGAGAAAGGGGUCCACCAGGCCCCCCAGGCAAAAAUGGUGAAGAUGGCCCCAAUGGCCCUCCUGGUCCACCUGGCCCUCCUGGCCCCCCUGGUCUUGGCGGGCACUUUGCUGCUCAGUAUGAUGGAAAAGGAGUUGGAAUGGGCCCUGGACCAAUGGGUUUAAUGGGACCUAGAGGCCCUCCAGGUGCAGCUGGAGCCCCUGGCCCUCAAGGUUUCCAAGGACCUGCUGGUGAGCCUGGUGAACCUGGUCAGACUGGUCCUGCAGGUGCUCGUGGUCCACCUGGUGCUCCUGGCAAGGCUGGUGAGGAUGGUCACCCUGGAAAACCUGGACGACCCGGUGAGAGAGGAGUUGUUGGACCACAGGGUGCUCGUGGUUUCCCUGGAACUCCUGGACUUCCUGGCUUCAAGGGCAUUAGGGGACACAAUGGUCUGGAUGGAUUGAAGGGACAGCCUGGUGCUCAAGGUGUAAAGGGUGAACCCGGUGCCCCAGGUGAAAAUGGAACUCCAGGUCAAGCAGGUGCCCGUGGGCUUCCUGGUGAGAGAGGACGUGUCGGUGCCCCUGGCCCAGCUGGUGCCCGAGGCAGUGAUGGCAGUGUUGGUCCCGUGGGUCCUGCUGGUCCUAUUGGAUCUGCUGGCCCCCCAGGCUUCCCAGGUGCCCCUGGUCCCAAGGGUGAAAUUGGACCUGUGGGUAACCCCGGUCCUUCUGGUCCUGCUGGUCCUCGUGGUGAAGUGGGUCUUCCUGGUCUUUCUGGCCCAGUUGGACCUCCUGGUAAUCCUGGAGCCAAUGGCCUUACUGGUGCUAAGGGUGCCGCUGGUCUUCCUGGUGUUGCUGGGGCUCCUGGCCUCCCUGGCCCCCGUGGUAUUCCUGGUCCUGUUGGUGCUGCUGGUGCUACUGGUGCCAGAGGACUUGUUGGUGAGCCUGGUCCAGCUGGCUCCAAAGGAGAGAGUGGUAACAAGGGAGAGCCAGGUUCUGCUGGCCCCCAAGGUCCUCCUGGUCCCAGUGGUGAAGAAGGAAAGAGAGGCCCCAAUGGUGAACCUGGAUCCGCUGGUCCUGCAGGACCUCCUGGACUGAGAGGUAAUCCUGGUUCUCGUGGUCUUCCUGGAGCUGAUGGCAGAGCUGGUGUCAUGGGACCUCCUGGUAAUCGUGGUGCAACUGGCCCUGCUGGAGUUCGAGGUCCCAACGGAGACUCUGGUCGCCCUGGGGAGCCUGGUCUCAUGGGACCCAGAGGUCUUCCUGGAUCCCCUGGAAAUGUUGGCCCAGCUGGUAAAGAAGGUCCUGUGGGUCUCCCUGGUAUUGACGGCAGGCCUGGCCCAAUUGGCCCAGCUGGAGCAAGAGGCGAAGCUGGCAACAUCGGAUUCCCCGGACCCAAAGGGCCCACUGGUGAUCCUGGCAAAAGUGGUGAUAAAGGUCACCCUGGACUUGCUGGUGCUCGGGGUGCUCCUGGUCCUGAUGGAAACAAUGGUGCUCAGGGGCCCCCUGGACCCCAGGGUGUCCAAGGUGGCAAAGGUGAACAGGGUCCGGCUGGUCCUCCAGGCUUCCAGGGUCUGCCUGGCCCCUCAGGUACCGCCGGUGAAGUUGGCAAACCAGGAGAAAGGGGUAUCCCUGGUGAAUUUGGUCUCCCUGGUCCUGCUGGUCCAAGAGGGGAACGUGGUCCCCCAGGUGAGAGUGGGGCUGUUGGUCCUGCUGGUCCCAUUGGAAGCCGAGGUCCUUCUGGACCCCCAGGGCCUGAUGGAAACAAGGGUGAACCCGGUGUGGUUGGUGCUCCAGGCACUGCUGGUGCAUCUGGUCCUGGUGGACUCCCAGGAGAGAGGGGUGCUGCUGGCAUACCUGGAGGCAAGGGAGAAAAGGGUGAACCUGGCCUCAGAGGUGAAAUUGGUAACCCUGGCAGAGAUGGUGCUCGUGGUGCUCCUGGUGCUGUAGGUGCCCCUGGUCCUGCUGGAGCUACAGGUGACCGGGGUGAAGCUGGUGCUGCUGGUCCUGCUGGCCCACCUGGUCCUCGGGGUAGCCCUGGUGAACGUGGUGAGGUUGGUCCUGCUGGUCCCAAUGGAUUUGCUGGUCCUGCUGGUGCCGCUGGUCAACCUGGUGCUAAAGGAGAGAGAGGAACCAAAGGACCUAAGGGUGAAAAUGGUGUUGUUGGUCCCGCCGGCCCCGUUGGAGCUGCUGGCCCAUCUGGUCCAAAUGGUCCCCCUGGUCCUGCUGGAGGUCGUGGUGAUGGAGGACCCCCUGGUAUGACUGGUUUCCCUGGUGCUGCUGGACGAACUGGUCCUCCUGGACCCUCUGGUAUCACUGGCCCUCCUGGUCCCCCUGGUGCUGCUGGUAAAGAAGGGCUUCGAGGUCCUCGUGGUGACCAAGGUCCCGUUGGCCGAACUGGAGAAACAGGUGCAUCUGGCCCACCUGGCUUUGCUGGUGAAAAGGGUCCCGCUGGAGAGCCUGGUACUGCUGGACCUCCUGGCACCCCAGGUCCUCAGGGUCUUCUUGGUGCUCCUGGUAUUCUGGGUCUUCCUGGCUCCAGGGGCGAACGUGGUCUGCCAGGUAUUGCUGGUGCUUUGGGUGAACCUGGUCCUCUGGGCAUUGCAGGCCCUCCUGGGGCCCGUGGUCCCCCUGGUGCAGUGGGCAGUCCUGGAGUCAAUGGUGCUCCUGGUGAAGCUGGUCGUGAUGGCAAUCCUGGAAGUGAUGGUCCUCCAGGUCGCGAUGGUCAACCUGGACACAAGGGAGAACGCGGUUACCCUGGCAACAUUGGUCCUGCUGGUGCUGCAGGUGCACCUGGUCCUCAUGGCACUGUGGGUCCUGCUGGCAAACAUGGAAACCGCGGUGAACCUGGUCCUGCUGGUUCUGUUGGUCCUGUUGGUGCUGUCGGUCCAAGAGGUCCUAGUGGCCCACAAGGCGUUCGAGGUGACAAGGGAGAGCCUGGUGAUAAAGGGCCCAGAGGUCUUCCUGGCCUAAAGGGACACAAUGGAUUACAGGGUCUUCCAGGUCUCGCUGGUCAACAUGGCGAUCAAGGUUCUCCUGGCCCCGUUGGUCCUGCUGGCCCUAGGGGUCCUGCUGGUCCUUCUGGCCCUGUUGGCAAAGAUGGUCGCUCUGGACAUCCUGGUAGUGUCGGACCUGCUGGUGUUCGAGGAUCUCAGGGUAGCCAAGGACCUGCUGGCCCUCCCGGUCCCCCUGGGCCUCCUGGGCCUCCUGGUGUAAGCGGUGGUGGUUACGACUUUGGUUAUGAAGGAGACUUCUACAGGGCUGACCAGCCUCGCUCAUCACCUUCUCUCAGACCCAAGGAUUAUGAAGUGGAUGCCACCCUGAAGUCCCUCAACAACCAGAUUGAGACCCUUCUUACUCCUGAAGGCUCUAGGAAGAACCCAGCUCGCACAUGCCGAGACUUAAGACUCAGCCACCCAGAGUGGAGCAGCGGUUACUACUGGAUUGACCCGAACCAAGGAUGCACUAUGGAUGCUAUCAAAGUAUACUGUGAUUUCUCUACUGGUGAAACCUGCAUCAAGGCCCAACCUGAACACAUCCCAGCCAAGAACUGGUACAGGAGCACCAAGGCCAAGAAGCACGUCUGGUUAGCAGAAAUUAUGAAUGGUGGUAGCCAGUUCGAAUACAAUGUAGAAGGAGUGACCUCCAAGGAAAUGGCUACUCAACUUGCCUUCAUGCGCCUGCUGGCCAACCAUGCCUCUCAGAACAUCACCUACCACUGCAAGAACAGCAUUGCAUACAUGGAUGGGGAGACUGGCAGUCUGGAUAAGGCUAUCCUUCUGCAAGGCUCCAAUGAUGUUGAAUUUGUUGCCGAUGGCAACAGCAGGUUCACUUACACUGUUCUUGUAGAUGGCUGCUCUAAAAAGACAAAUGAAUGGGGAAAGACGAUCAUUGAAUACAAAACAAACAAGCCUUCUCGCUUGCCCUUCCUUGAUAUUGCACCUUUGGACAUCGGUGGCGCUGACCAAGAAAUUGGUGUGGACAUUGGCCCAGUCUGUUUCAAAUAAAUGAACUCAACCUAAAUUAAAAGUCAAAAAAGAAAUCUGGGGGGAAAAAACACUUUUUCUUUACCAUUUCCUCUUUUUCUUCUUUUUUAACUGAAAGCUGAAUCCUUCCAUUUCUUCUGCACAAUUCCUUGCUUAAAUUGUGGGCAAAAGAGAAGAAGGAUUGAUCAGAGCAUUGUGCAAUAAGAUUUAAUUAACUCCCACUCCCUCUCCCCCUCCCCAAAAGAUCUGGAAUUUUGUGGUUUUUUUUUUCAACAUUCUCACACCUAUUGUGGAAAAUGUCAACCUUUGUAAGAAAACUAAAAUAAAAAUUGAAAAAUAAAAAUCGUGAACAUUCGCACCACUUGUGGCUUCUGAAUAUCUUCCACAGAGGGAAGUUUAAAACCAGAACUUCCAAAGGUUUAAACUACCUCAAAAUGCUUUCCUGUGGGUGCGAUCCACCUCAUCCAUGCUGACCUAGACAGACAUGAACUGUGGUACUUGUUUUUGUUCAUAAUACAAAGGUGCUAACUAAUAGUAUUUCAGAUACUUGAAGAAUGUUGAUGGUGCUAGAAGAAUCUGAGAAGAAAUACUCCUCUGUAUUGAGUUGUAUUGUGUGGGUUUUUUUUUUUAAUUUGACUUAGCAUCCGUAUGUUUCAUCUCAUCCCCAACUAAAGGUAUGCACAUCAUUUGCCCAAAAUCGCCCUCUUCUUAGAUUCAGCAUUUGUUCUUUGCCAGUCUCAUUUUCAUUCUCUUCCAUGGUUCCAAAGAAGCCUUGUUUCUUAGACAAGCAGAAAAAAAUUAAAUUGUACCUAUUUUGUAUAUGUGAGAUGUUUAAAUAAAUUGUGAAAAAUGAAAUAAAGCAUGUUUGGUUUUCCAAAAGAA